AUGGCUACGGUUCCCCAAUACUUCAGGGAUCUUUAUCCAACAUCCUGCGAGAAUGCGCCAGCUCCGCACACGAUCAAAAAUAAGCUCAAGCACAUUGAUAAGGAUUCGUACGAGAAUCCAGUGCAGCAUCUAUGGGACCAUCUGGCUCAGGAAUUCAUCGGUUCUUUGGAGCCCCUGGAGCCCUUCUCCGAGCAUACCAGAAAGGGAGGAGAUUUUAGUGCCUAUCAGAACUUCCCUCUCGAUCGCAUACGCUUCGAGGGCCCGCAGGGCACCACUUGCUCGUAUAGUGAGAGCUCGUUCUGUGAAGCUUAUACGAGAUGGAGGAGCGAAUACAGGAUCGAUGACAGCCAAGAACACAACAGACCAGAUCUAGUGUUUGCUGCCUCGCGCGCGCACGAGCCAAGUACCAAACGCGACAAAAAACGCCGUAAAACAAAUGAGCCCAAAACAUUUCCAUCCCAGUCCGACCAAUCUACCCAUUCCAAGACGUCCAAAUUCUAUCGGGAUUUCAAACUUCAGUCCAACGAGUAUCUGGAUUUGAUCCUGUCCUUGGUGUUUGAAGUAAAGGGGCGAGACAAACUUCCUUCCGAGCCUUUCCUGCAGGAAGCUGUGUACCUCAUCUCAAGCUAUGACGCAUGUGGCUGCUAUCUCGGUGGGUUUGCUGUGGGGAAGGAGUUCGCUUGCAUGAUGGUCAUCAACAAGGAAACCAUUCUGUUUGAGGUUCCCGAGGACACGCCUUUGACAACCCUUGGGAUUGAUGACAUGAUGGACUUCCUGGCCGACGAGUUCACCUUCCCCCAUGAGUUUAGCAAUGACACGGAGGCCUUGGACUUCAUCUGGCGGUAUUUCAAUAUUGCUUGGGAUGCUAUCAAAGAUCUACCCCUCGGCAGACGGUUGCAGCGGGUUCGGCAACCUCCGUGGGUGUCGCGGGAGGGUGUUCGAGAGAGGUUGACACCACCCCUGGUUGAGUUGGGGGGUAUACACCAGGGAUUGGCGGCCUUUUUGGAGCAUGCGCACGGAUUGAAACCAAAAACAGCAACACAUCCUGAGGAAGUCACCACCCCCUCUAGUAAUGUGUCAAGUGGAAAUCUGGACUCUGACCCUACCGCCUCUCGAACACGCUCCCAGAGCCCCCCUCGCAAGUAUGGCUCGCAUAGCGGCGCCCCCUCAUCCCUCACUCCCAUCAGCGACUUCGAACAUGAAGAGGAAAUGAGCAAUGUAGAUGACGAAGAUGGUGCAGAUGAGGAGCACGAUGAUGAAGAGCACGGCGCAGACCAACGUGGCGUUGCUCGUGUGGGUGGCAAUGGUUUGGGUCUGGCGUCGGAGAUGGGACCUCAAAGGCUUUUAACCGGCAAGACUUCAGAGGAAAUCCUCAAAACCCCUAUUGUCGGCAAUCAUUACUCUACAAGAGACGUUUAUGAUUGGCUAUCUUGCAUUCCGACUUUCACACCCCAUGACCUGCUUUCCAGCGAGAACUACAACACCCUUACUGACAAGCCUCCCUCUUUUUCCAAAACCAAAGGCAGCAACAACACAUCAGAGGACAAGUCGUUGGGGGUAGGUGAAGUCGAGGAGCGGCCUGCAGUGAUGGCAGGUGGAGUAGGAUUCAAGCGCAAGGGUCAAAGUGCUACGGCAGGCAUUGGGGAAGGUGCAGACUUUGGUAUGAUGAAGGACGAGGGUAGGGCUCAGGAAGAGCGGGAAGACAGGUCCGAGACGGUGGAAAGGUCUGAAAGCCCUUGCAGAAGCGAGGACGAAGGCGGGUCUGAUAUACUGGCUUUCCACGACAUCCUUCUCAAGAGAAACAUCAAAUUUGUUCUCACGGAGAAGAGUCUGUUUAGGGCUAUAGUCGACAACGUCAAGGCUACGCCGAGAGUUUGA